AUAAGUCUCAGUUUACUAUUUCUAUGGCAACCCUCUUGGUCCACAACAAAGAUGACUACUACGGAGACGAAAACGAACGACUGUUCCCAUUGCUUAUCUACAUCAAACAUAUAUGUUAGAUUCUGCUGAACACACAAAACUUUCUCCGGUUAUAUCAGUUACAAGGUAGGAGGAUAAGGUGUGCAAUUCGAGAUUAGUGAACACUUUUUGUUAAUUAGCAAGCUGGCUAGUUAGCUUGCUUGGUAGACAAGACAACGUUCUUCCUACACACUUGACAGUCCAUAACUAGUCGGUGUUUGGGAUGCCAACCUCCACUGGGGGGUUCAAAUCAUCCGUAGAGGAUGGUCUCAAGCAAUACAGCCGCUUGCCACCUAUCCCGACCGGACCUGGGGAAAAUGGGGCCAGUGCGUGUGAGGUGUCCCAAGAGAGGUUGGCAACGCAGAGAAAGCUUCUGCGGCACAGGCGGAGUAAAGAGCAGCAACAUGAGUUGCAAAAGAUAAUGAUGGCCAGCGCAAUGCAAGCCUACAAACAAGGCAAAUGUCCACGAUCCACUGCCGCUCAGCCCGUGGUGCCCCAGAUGCCCAUCUCGCUGACCAUCGAAAGCAGGAGAACCUACGCGUUCCUGAAGCGAUCCGUGGAGGCCAGCCCUAUAGCGCCUAUCCAGCAGCAGUGGUUGGACGCCAUGUUGACCCGGGUGCCCCCACUGCUUCGUCAGGGGCCAGGACGCCAGGAGCUUCUCGAAGAGCUGUUCAAGGAGGUCAGCGAGAACUUCAUGAGUGGCAUGGUCAAGCACACAGUGAACACUAUCCUUCAGAAACCAGAUGCAAAGGGAGCAGAGGUUGAGCAAAAGGACAAAGUCCUACCAGCAAAAGUUGUUGAUUUCUCCAGGCCUUGGAGGGACAGCUUCAUCAAGAAUCGAAAGGAGAUGAAGGAGAAUUUGCACAUUCUUCACCCAGUCAUGAAAAUCACACUGGAUAUGUGUUAUUUAACCUUCUCUAAUCUGCUGCUGGUCGAUCUAUCUGACUGCAGGUCGACGGGGCCCAUUGACUGUGUGAGCCUGAAGAACAAAGUGGCUCUGGAGUGCGACAAGAUUGAGGCCAGACUCAUGAACACCUGGUUCCCCAAAGUCAUUCACCUUCUCACCAGCAAAGAUAUGAUACAAGGAAUAAAGGCAGACAAGCUUGACUCUUUCUACAACUGUGCCUCUACCCUCAUCUCAAAUCAGCUCAAGAGCCUAAUUGAGCGCAGUGUGGAGGAGUUUGCCAGGCUGUUCAGCCCCAGCAGAGCCUAUAAAUUGCCCCUCUUCAGGAUGGACCUGACCUUUGAUGAUGAGAAGAUGGAGUUUUACCCUAGCUUCCAGGACCUGGAGGAAGCUGUCAUGGAAAUCCUGAAUAAGAUCACCAACACUAUGCAGAAAGUUCAAACGGUUCAGUCUUGGCUGGCAGAAGCAAACUCGUCAGUAGUAGAUGCUAAACUGGCCAAUCACGUGUUAGUCUGGGCUCAGAAGACAGUCAGAGAUGCUGUGCGCAAGCACCUGGAAGAGCCAAACCAGCACUUCCAAGAUUAUGUUGACAGCUAUGACUGGUUAGUCGAUGGGACAGCUCAGGCUCAGGUAGACAAGUUCAUUGAGGAAGACCACAGUUUUGAUGAGUACACUGAGCAAGUAGAAGCUUUUCGGAAACUGUCGAGGGAUAUUAUCAGCCUGCCUUCUGUGGCUCAUUUUGCCAUGGUCCGCCUGGACUGCGAGGAACUGAAGCAAGGCCUCGCCAAAAAGGCUUUCGCUUUUGGACAAGUGCUCUUGGAGCAACUUAUCAGCACUCACCGUGCACACUGUCUAGAGAUAUGUAAUGAGUUUAGGACCAUCCAGGAGACAGCACUUAAAAUCCCUGAGACGACAGAGGACAUCACAGAGAUGCUCGCUUACAUAGGACACGUGAAAACCAAGGGAAUAGAGGAACUCAAUGCAAAAAUUAUGGAGACACAGCACAGAUUAAAUUACUUACUGGAUGUGCACCUGUUCAGCGCAGAGGACCUUCAUCUGAACUCAGUAGUACUUCUCUGGCCCCAGAAUAUACUGCCAAUCUUUGAUCUUAACGAUGAGCUGAUGGAGAAGGCCAAGCAUAAGGGCGAGCAGGAGCUGCUGCUCAGGAGGGAGAGGCUGACCAUGGAGCUGGAGAAACUCAGCCGCAGGAUGAAGGAGUUUGAGGAGUGCUCCGAGCUGGACAUGAUGCAGCAGUAUGUCAGUGAUGUGAGAACGGUUCAGAAACGACUGCAGGAUGCUGAGGAGGCCAUCGUUUUCAUUAAUAAAGAGGAGGCGCUUUACAAAUGGGACCCGACAACCUACCCGGCUGUUGAAGUUAUCCAGGAGAGCACUGAGCCGUUCCAGAAGCUUUUUGGUUUGGUGUUGAGAUGGCAACGAACUGAGAAGAAAUGGAUGGAUGGGGAGUUUUUGGACCUGAAUGGAGAGAGCAUGGAGGUUGAGGUGGAUGAGUUCUUCCGGGAGAUCUACAAGACGCAGAAGUACUUCCAACAGAAACAGAAGAAGGCUGAGCAGGAGAGAGAGAAAACAGAGCAGAAGAAAAAGCCAGGAGAACAGGAUGACAAGCAGGAGAACUCCACCGUCUUCAUCUGCUCCAGAAUACUAGAGCAAGUCAAGGACUUCAAGGAAAACAUUCCGACGGUGUCCAUACUGUGCAACCCGGGCAUCCGUACUCGGCACUGGGAGCAGAUGUCCUCCAUCGUUGACUACGACCUCACGCCCAAUUCGGGCACCACGCUGCGCAAAGUCCUGCGACUGAACCUCACCUCCAGCCUGGAGCAGUUUGAGAGCAUCAGCGCUGCCGCCAGCAAAGAAUUCUCCCUUGAGAAGGCCAUGCAGACCAUGGUGGAGGUGUGGGACUCGGUGUCUUUCAACCAUCACCCGUACCGUGAGUCUGGGGUGUCUAUCCUCACCGCUGUGGAUGAGAUCCAGACAAUGUUGGACGAUCAGAUCGUGAAAACACAGACCAUGAGAGGCUCCCCUUUCAUCAAACCCUUUGAGACAGAGAUCAAGGCCUGGGAGGAGUGUCUGAUCCGUAUCCAGGACACCAUAGACGAGUGGCUGAAGGUGCAAGCGCAAUGGCUCUACCUGGAGCCCAUCUUCAGCUCAGCAGACAUCAUGCAGCAGAUGCCUGAGGAGGGGAAACUGUUCCAGAUUGUCGACAAGAUCUGGAAGGAUGUGAUGAGGCACUGUGUGAAGGAUCCAAAGAUUUUACCUGCAACAUCACUGCCUGGUUUACUUCAAAAACUUCAAGAUUCCAAUGGACUCCUGGACAAAAUAAUGAAAGGGCUGAAUGCCUACCUUGAGAAGAAAAGGGUCUUCUUUCCACGGUUUUUCUUUUUGUCCAACGAUGAGAUGCUGGAGAUCCUGUCCGAGACCAAAGAUCCUCUGCGGGUGCAGCCGCACCUGAAGAAGUGCUUUGAGGGCAUCGCCAAGCUGGACUUCCUGCCCAACCUGGACAUCCAGGCCAUGUACAGCAGUGAGGGCGAGAGGGUGGAGUUCAUCAAGCUCAUCUCCACCUCCGAGGCCCGCGGUGCCGUGGAGAAGUGGCUGGUGCAGGUGGAGGAUAUCAUGCUCCGCAGUAUCAGGGACGUGGUCGACCGCUCCAGACUGGCCUACCCGGAGACCAAGAGGAGUAAGUGGGUACGAGAGUGGCCUGGGCAGGUGGUGCUGUGCACCUCUCAGAUGUUCUGGACACUGGAGGUCCAUGAGGCCAUCCGCAGUGGACCAAACGGUUUGAAAAACUACCAAAAGCAGUUGACGGUGCAGCUGAAUGACAUUGUGGAGCUGGUGAGGGGGAAACUGCCCAGGCAGACACGCACCACCCUAGGAGCGCUGGUGACCAUAGACGUUCAUGCUAAAGACGUGGUCAUGGAAAUGGUCGAAAAAGGUGUCUCACAUGAAAUGGAUUUCCAGUGGUUAUCCCAGCUUCGUUACUACUGGGCCAAUGAGAACGUUUCUGUGCGCAUCAUUAACUGCGAUGUAAAGUAUGCCUACGAGUACUUGGGCAACUCGCCUCGCCUCGUCAUCACUCCUCUGACAGACAGAUGCUACCGCACUUUGAUCGGAGCGUUUUACCUGAAUCUGGGGGGCGCUCCAGAGGGCCCUGCUGGGACAGGUAAAACAGAGACCACCAAGGAUCUGGCCAAAGCCCUGGCCGUGCAAUGUGUGGUGUUCAACUGCUCUGAUGGGCUGGACUAUCUGGCCAUGGGCAAGUUCUUUAAAGGGCUGGCCUCAUCUGGGGCCUGGGCUUGCUUUGACGAGUUCAACCGCAUCGAGCUGGAGGUGCUGUCUGUGGUGGCCCAGCAGGUCCUGUGCAUCCAGCGCGCUGUUCAGUUGAAACUGGAGUACUUUGACUUUGAGGGGACGGAGCUACGCCUCAACCCCAACUGCUUCGUCGCCAUCACCAUGAACCCGGGAUACGCCGGUCGAUCCGAGCUCCCUGAUAACCUCAAGGUGCUGUUCAGGACAGUGGCCAUGAUGGUGCCUAAUUAUGCGCUGAUAGCAGAGAUCUCCUUGUACUCCUAUGGAUUCUUCAACGCCAAGCCGCUGUCGGUGAAGAUCGUGAUGACCUACAGACUGUGCUCGGAGCAGCUCUCCUCCCAGUUCCACUAUGACUACGGCAUGAGGGCCGUGAAAGCGGUGCUAGUGGCCGCAGGAAACCUCAAACUCAAGUUUCCCGAUGAGAAUGAGGAUAUACUGCUACUCAGGUCUAUCAAAGAUGUGAACGAGGCAAAGUUCCUCUCACAUGAUAUUCCUCUGUUUAACGGCAUCACCAGUGACCUUUUCCCUGGCAUCACCCUGCCUGCAGCAGACUAUGAGCUCUUUUUGGAUUGUGCUCAUGAGUGCUGUAAAGAGCAUAACGUCCAGCCUGUGAGCACUUUCCUCGAAAAGAUUAUCCAAACCUACGAGAUGAUGAUUGUUCGUCACGGGUUCAUGCUUGUUGGAGAGCCUUUUGCAGGCAAAACCGUAGUCCUGCAUGUGCUGGCUGACACCCUGACCCUCAUGCAUGAGAGAGGUUACAACAAUGAGGAGAGGGUGAUGUAUCGCACCGUGAAUCCCAAGUCCAUCACCAUGGGUCAGCUCUUCGGGCAGUUUGACCCAGUCUCUCACGAGUGGACGGAUGGGAUUGUGGCUAACACCUUCCGCGAGUUCGCCUCGUCUGAGACGCCUGAUAGGAAGUGGGUAGUGUUUGAUGGGCCCAUCGACACGCUCUGGAUCGAAAGCAUGAACACUGUGCUCGACGACAACAAAAAGGCAUGGAGUAAACAUCAACAUCCCAAAAAUAGCGGAUGGCACACUUUUGUUACAUACAUACAGUACAUGUUUUUCUUUCCCCCUGGUGGCAUGAAAGUGAAAUUGCAGCUCUGUCUCAUGAGUGGAGAAAUUAUUCAGAUGUCGAACCAAAUGAGUCUCAUCUUUGAGGCCAUGGACCUCUCUCAGGCCUCACCAGCCACGGUUAGCCGCUGUGGGAUGAUCUACAUGGAGCCGUCGCAGCUUGGUUGGAGGCCGCUGGUGAUUUCAUGGCUUGACACCCUGCCGGAACCUUUGAAGACACCGGAACAUACCUCCCUGCUGUUGGAACUGUUUGAUUGGCUGGUUGGCCCUGCUCUCAGAACCCUGCGUAAACACUGCAGGGAAGUGGUCCCUACAAGUAACAGCAACACAGUGGUGUCUCUCACAAGACUGUUUAAGAUGCUGAUGACUGGGCCAGUGACUGAAGACCCUGGAAACAAGAACAUUCGCACAUGGAUCAUGGCUGCCUUUGCCUUCUCCCUGGUGUGGUCAGUGGGGGGCAGCUGUGACACAGGCGGGCGCACGCACUUCGAUUAUUUCCUCAGGGAGAUACUCUCUGGAAACUCGAAGGAGGACCCUCUUCCGUCCGCCUUGGCCAAGUGGGAGUGCCCCUUUGAUGAGAAGGGUCUGGUGUAUGACUACAGCUAUGAGUUCAAAGCAAAAGGGCGUUGGGUGAACUGGAAUGAGUCAAUCAAGAACAUAACAUUAGGGGACAAAACUACCAAAGUGCAGGAUAUCAUUGUCCCAACCAUUGACACAGUGCGGUAUGCCUACCUGAUGGACCUGUGCAUUCAGUAUGGCGUACCCCUUCUGUUUGUGGGCCCCACUGGAACGGGGAAGUCUGUGUACGUGAAGGAGAAACUCAUGAACAAUCUGGACAAGGACAGCUUCCUGCCUUUCUUCGUUAAUUUCUCAGCUCGGACUAGUGCCAAUCAGACCCAGAACAUCAUCAUGUCCAGGCUGGAUAAGAGGCGUAAGGGGGUGUAUGGGCCUCCGAUGGGCAAGAAGUGUGUCAUAUUUGUGGAUGACUUGAACAUGCCAGCAGUUGAGAUUUUUGGAGCACAGCCUCCUAUUGAGCUGCUGCGACAGUACUUUGACCAUGGAAACUGGUAUGACAUUAAAGAUACAACUAAGAUCACUUUAGUUGACCUUCAGCUCGUCGCGGCGAUGGGCCCUCCUGGUGGAGGAAGGAAUGCGGUGACAUCACGCUUCCUGCGUCACUUCAACAUCUUCAGUAUGAACAUUUUCAGCGAUGACACCAUGGUCCGCAUAUUCUCCAACAUAGUGUCUUUCUACCUCCGCAACAACGAGUUCCCUCCUGACUGCUUUACUGUGGGCAACCAAAUUGUCGGUGCAACACUGGAGGUCUACAAAAAUGCCAUGGAGAAUCUCCUGCCCACGCCUGCAAAGUCCCACUACACCUUCAACCUGCGGGACUUCUCCCGGGUGAUCCAGGGCUGCCUGCUGCUCAAGAAGGAGUCCCUGGCGAGCAAGAGCACCAUGGUUCGCCUCUUCGUGCACGAGGUCUUCCGUGUCUUCUACGACCGCCUGGUGGACAACCAGGAUCGCGCCUGGCUCUUCCAGUUCAUGAAAGGCAUCGUGAACGAGCACUUCAGAGAUAGAUUCGACGAUGUGUUUGAUCACCUCAAGGAAGGGAGCAAGCUUUGUGAGGAGGACCUUAGAGGCCUACUGUUUGGAGACUACAUGAACCCUGAUGUGGAGGAGACGGAGAGGCUGUACGCUGAGGUGCCGUCCAUGGAGAGCUUCGGCGAGGUGGUGGAGCACUGUCUCGACGAGUACAACCAGACACACAAGAAUCGCAUGAACCUGGUCAUCUUCCGCUACGUCCUGGAGCACCUGUCCCGGAUCAGCAGAGUGCUGAAGCAGCCGGGUGGGAACGCGCUGCUGGUGGGUGUCGGCGGCAGUGGCCGUCAGUCCAUCACUCGCUUGGCCGGCUUCAUGUCCGGCAUGACGAUCUUCCAGCCCGAGAUCUCAAAAAGCUACGGCCUGAAUGAGUGGAGGGAAGACCUGAAGCAUCUGCUGAAGAGCGCAGGGGUGAAGGGUCAAAGGACAGUGUUCCUCAUCACAGACGCCCAGAUUAAGGAAGAGGCCUUCUUGGAGGAUGUGGACAGCGUCUUGAACACAGGGGAGGUGCCAAAUUUGUUUGCUGUUGACGAGAAGCAGGAAAUCAUGGAGGCUGUGCGACCCAUCGCUCAAGCCGGCAAUAAGAACCUGGAGUUCAGCCCUCUGUCUCUGUUUGCAUACUUUGUGACUCGGUGCCGGGAGAACCUGCACAUUGUGGUGGCCUUCAGCCCGAUCGGCGACGCCUUCAGGAACCGCCUGCGUCAGUUCCCCUCCCUCAUCAACUGCUGCACCAUCGACUGGUUCCAGCCUUGGCCAGAAGAGGCGCUGGAAAGGGUAGCCAACCAUUUCCUGGAAACUAUAGAGAUGACUGACCAGGAGCGUGAGAAAGUCAUGCCCAUCUGCAAAACCUUCCACACCUCUGCCAUCAACCUCUCCCACAGAUUCCUGUCAGAGCUUGGUCGCCACAACUACGUGACCCCCACCUCCUACCUGGAGCUCAUCGCUGCCUUCAGGUUGCUCCUCACGCAGAAGAGAGACACAGUGAUGAAAGCCAAGAAGAGAUACACCAAUGGACUGGACAAGCUAGCCUUUGCCGAGUCUCAGGUGGGGUCAAUGAAGAAGGAGCUGGUGGACUUAAAGCCCAAACUGGAGCAGGCUAAGAUAGAAAAUGCAGCAAUGAUGGAGGUGAUCGAGGUGGAGUCUGUCCAGGUGGAGGCCAAGAGUAAAGUGGUUCGUGUGGACGAGGAAGCCGCCACGCUGAAAGCAAACGAGUCCCAAGCUCUGAAGGACGAGUGCGAGAGCGACCUGGCCGAAGCCAUCCCCGCUAUGGAGGCUGCCCUCUCCGCUCUGGACACCCUGAAGCCCUCAGACGUGACGAUCGUGAAGUCAAUGAAGAACCCCCCCUCAGGAGUGAAGCUGGUGAUGUCUGCCGUGUGUGUAAUGAAGGAUAUUAAGCCGGAGAAGAUUAAUGAUCCAGCAGGAACUGGACAGAAGAUUCUUGAUUACUGGGGUCCAAGCAAAAAACUGCUGGGAGACAUGAACUUCCUGCGUGAUCUGAGAGUGUACGACAAGGACAACAUUCCUGUCCAUGUGAUGCAAAAGAUCCGUGCCGAGUACAUGACCAACCCGGACUUCGAUCCUGCCAAAGUGCUAAAAGCCUCGUCUGCAGCCGAGGGUCUCUGUAAAUGGAUCAAGGCCAUGGAGGUGUAUGACCGAGUGGCCAAGGUGGUGGCUCCCAAGAAGGCCAACCUGGCUGAGGCCCAGCAGUCCCUGGCCACCACCAUGGCGCUGCUGACCCAGAAGCGGGCCGAGCUGAAGGAGGUGGAGGACCGGCUGGCCUCGCUGCAGCACACCUUUGAGGAGAAGACCCAGGAGAAGGCCCUACUGGAGCAGCAGGUGGCCCUGUGCGCCAGCAAGCUGGUCAGGGCAGAGAAGCUCAUCGGAGGCCUGGGGGGAGAGAAGACCAGGUGGUCCAAGGCUGCAGAUGAUCUGCAGAACACCUAUGAUAACCUGACUGGAGACGUGCUGAUAUCAGCUGGAGUCAUUGCUUACCUGGGGGCUUUCACAGCAGGCUUCAGGCAGGACUGCACCAAAGGCUGGACCAGGCUCUGCAAGACCCAGAACAUCCCGUCCUCGGAUGACUUCUCUCUCAGUAAAACGUUGGGAGAUCCCAUUAAGAUCAGGGCCUGGAACAUCGCGGGCCUGCCCACCGACAGCUUCUCCAUAGAUAACGGGGUCAUUGUGAGCAACUCCAGGAGAUGGCCCCUAAUGAUAGACCCUCAGGGCCAGGCAAACAAGUGGGUGAAAAACUCCGAGAAGGAGAACAACCUGAGCGUGAUCAAGCUAACGGACUUGGACUUCAUGCGGACGCUGGAGAACUGUAUCCAGUUUGGCACUCCUCUGCUGCUGGAGAACGUCGCGGAGGAGCUGGAUCCGUCUCUGGAACCUCUUCUGCUCAAACAGACCUUCAAACAAGGGGGUAUGGACUGCAUCAGGCUCGGGGAGUCGGUGAUUGAGUAUUCUAGCGAUUUCCGCUUCUACAUCACCACCAAGCUGCGCAACCCGCACUACCUCCCCGAGCUGGCCACCAAAGUGUCCCUGCUCAACUUCAUGAUCACUCCAGAGGGGCUGGAGGACCAGCUGCUCGGCAUCGUGGUGGCCAAGGAGAGGCCGGAGCUGGAGGAGGAGAGGACUGCUCUGAUCCUGCAGUCCGCGGCCAACAAGAAGCAGCUGAAAGAGAUCGAGGAUAAGAUCCUGGAGACACUUCAUUCCUCAGAGGGCAAUAUCCUGGAGGAUGAGAGCGCCAUCCAAAUACUGGACUCGGCCAAGAUCGUGUCCAACGAGAUCAGCAAGAAACAGCAGAUAGCAGAGAAGACCGAGAUUAAAAUAGCUGAAUCGAGGGAGGGCUACCGAGCCAUUGCCAAGCAUUCUUCCAUUCUCUUCUUCAGCAUUGCAGACCUGGCCAACAUCGAUCCCAUGUACCAGUAUUCUCUCAACUGGUUUGUUAAUCUCUACAUCAACUCCAUACAAGACAGCAAUAAAUCCAAGAUCCUGGAGAAGAGGCUGAGGUAUCUGAUUGACCACUUCACCUACAACUUGUACUGCAACGUGUGCCGCUCUCUGUUUGAGAGAGACAAGCUUCUCUUCUCCUUCCUGCUGUGUACAAACUUGCUAUUAGCGAGGAAGGAGAUAGUGUACGCGGAGUUCAUGUUCCUGCUCACGGGUGGAGUGGGCCUACAGAACCAGGUGGCCAACCCUGACCCCAGCUGGCUGCAGGAUAAGAGCUGGGAUGAAAUCUGCAGAGCCAGUGAGCUCCCCUCCCUCAAGGGCCUCAGUCAGAGUUUCAUCAAAAAUCCAGAGGCUUUCUUACCGAUUUAUGACAGCAAGGAACCAUACAAUGUACCAAUGCCCAGUCCCUGGAUAAAUACACUCAACGACCUUCAGAAAAUGAUUAUAUUACGCUGCCUCAGGCCUGAUAAAAUCGAACCAGCCAUCGCUAAUUAUGUGACUGACAAACUGGGCAAGAAGUUUGUUGAGCCGCCUCCCUUUGACCUGACCAAGAGCUACGUGGACUCCAACUGCGUCAUCCCCCUGGUCUUCGUGUUGUCUCCUGGGGCUGAUCCUAUGGCCAGCUUGCUCAAGUUUACCAAUGACAAGGGCAUGGGCAGCUCCAAGUUCAAGUCUAUCUCCCUGGGGCAGGGCCAGGGCCCGAUCGCAGCGAAGAUGAUCAAGUCGGCCAUGAAGGAGGGCACCUGGGUGUGCCUGCAGAAUUGCCAUUUGGCCGUGUCCUGGAUGUCCACGCUGGAGAAGAUCUGUGAGGACUUGAGCCCAGACACGUGCCAUGUAGAUUUCCGCCUGUGGCUCACCAGCUACCCCUCACCCAUGUUCCCUGUGACCAUCCUGCAGAAUGGGGUGAAGAUGACAAACGAGCCUCCUACUGGCCUGAGGCUCAACCUGCUCCAGUCCUACCUGUCUGACCCCGUAUCAGACCCAGAGUUCUUCGUAGGAUGCCCCGGCAAAGAGCUGGCUUGGGAGAAACUCUUGUAUGGAGUUUGUUUCUUCCACGCUCUCGUUCAAGAAAGGAAAAAGUUUGGGCCUUUGGGCUGGAACAUCCCAUACGGGUUCAAUGAGUCAGAUUUGCGAAUCAGCAUAAGACAACUGCAGCUCUUUGUAGACAAGUACGAGCAGGUUCCCUUUGAGGCCAUCACGUACCUGACUGGAGAGUGUAACUAUGGCGGGAGAGUCACUGACGACUGGGACAGACGUCUGCUCAUGACCAUCCUGGCUGACUUCUACAAUAAAGAUGUCAUUGAUCAACCCCGCCAUGCCUUCUCUGCUAGUGGCAAAUACUUCGCGCCACCAAAGUCCAUCUACGAGGACUAUGUCGAGUUUAUUAAGAACCUGCCAUUAAACCAGUAUCCGGAGGUGUUUGGGAUGCACGAGAACGUGGACAUAUCCAAAGACCUUCAGCAGACCAAGCUGCUGUUCGACUCGCUGCUUGUGACUCAGGGCGGGGGUGCAAAGGGAGGGGGCAGCUCUGGCGGAGACAACGCCCUGCUGGAGAUUGCCAAAGACAUCCUGUCCAAACUUCCCGCUAACUUUGACAUUGAGGCUGCCCUCCUCAGAUUUCCUGUGCGCUACGAGGAGAGCAUGAACACAGUGCUGGUCCAAGAGAUGGAGCGCUACAACACGUUGUUGGGCACCAUCCGGUUGAGCCUUCAGAACCUACUGAAGGCCAUUAAAGGCCUGGUGGUCAUGGAUGCUGAUCUGGAGGCCAUAGCCGGCAACUUGAUGGUUGGGAAAGUCCCAGACAAGUGGGCCAAGCGCUCCUACCCCAGCCUCAAACCUCUGGGCAGUUACAUCACUGACUUCCUCGCCAGGCUCAAGUUUUUGCAGGACUGGUAUAACUCAGAGAAGCCCCAUGUAUUCUGGCUGUCUGGCUUCUUCUUCACCCAGGCCUUUUUGACAGGGGCCAUGCAGAACUAUGCAAGGAAAUACUCCAUACCCAUCGACCUGCUUAACUUUGACUACCAGGUGUUGGCCAGAGAAACGUCAAACUCCUCCCCUGAAGACGGAGUCUAUGUUAACGGGCUUUUCCUGGAUGGAGCUCGAUGGGAUAAGAGAAGUGAAGUCCUGGCUGAACAGUACCCCAAAGUGCUCUUUGAUACGGUGCCUAUUAUCUGGAUAAAGCCUACGGAUAAAAAGACUUCUGAGCACUCCCAUACUCAGUAUGUGUGUCCCGUGUACAAAACAAGUGAGCGCAAGGGGACCCUCUCGACCACCGGCCACUCCACUAACUUCGUCAUCUCCAUGGUGCUGCCCACCAGCAAACGCCCCCAGCACUGGAUUAAGAGAGGAGUGGCCUUGCUCUGUCAACUGGAUGAUUAAUUCGCUGAGUGACUUAAAAGAUUAAACAGGCACUUUACAAUCUAGUAAUUUUUUUCUCCACUUUUUUUCUAAUGCAGUGUAUAUUAAAAUAUUAUGAAAUAAUCCAUGACAUUGUGUUGCAAUUAUUAAACCAAUUUCAUGAAGUUCAUUGGUUGACAGUUUUGUGUUCUGUAGUUGAAUUUUAUCAUCUGAUUAAGACCAAAAGCUGCAUCAUGAUGGUGGUAGACCCAUUACAGUGUUUUUAAAAAUUGCUGCUUUGAGCCUUGCUGUUUCUGCAUGUUUUCCGUGGCAUUUGGGUAGCUGGGUAGAGUUGCAGUCAAACGUCAUUCAGUGGGUCAGAGCCAGGUGUUGGUUGGAGGGUAGGUCCCAUGGUAAUAUAUUUAUAGUCGGGCCAAGAUAUA